GGCUGUGCUCUCACUGGGCCUGGAACAGGGCCUUUGCAGUCUUUGCAGUCGCUCAAUCUGGCUGGGCUGGCUUUUCCAGCGCAUCUCACAUGAACUUGCGAUACCCGGGAAACACGGCACUUGACAUAUCUGAUCAGAAACGUCGCGGUUGGGUGCAUCCAGUAUGAGUUCCGCCCCAGCACCGCAUCCCAUCCCGACGGUGACUGUCGUCUCCGGCCCUGGUCCAACGUCCCCUGUAUCUCAAUCCUCGAUAACCAAUCCACUUGCUCAGCUUUCAAGAAAUGCAAGCGUCAUAUCAUCCUCAAGCUCAUCAUCUUCUUCGUCAUCCUUGAUCCUUACUCCUCCAACUCGCCCUCGACCUAUUCGAGCGUUUUCUUCUCAGGCACACACUAGCGUGUCACCUCAGCGUGCGGGCAGCCGCGCACAGAGCCCUCAUUCUCCUGGAACUCCUCUAUUUUCUAGAGCACCUAGCUAUCUGCAACGUCAGCUGGGCAUCGGGGAUGAUGUGCCAGCUGACUUGGCACUUCCUCCUCUAUCCGUUCCAGAUUUAUCAAAGACUCCGACCAUCGGCGCUACUGUGAGAGCCACCACACCCAGGGAGCCCCGCUCAAGGACAAGCAGUGGAACGGCCAUCCGGCGUCUUUAUUCACCCGAAGAUUUCGAAUUCGGUGACGUGCUUGGGGAGGGUUCUUAUUCAACUGUACUUUCGGCCACGUACCGGAGAACAGGACAAAUUUAUGCAGUCAAAGUCCUCGAUAAGCACCAUCUUCAGCGUAACAAUAAGGUAAAAUAUGCAUAUGUAGAGAAGGACAGUCUGGCUAGACUCAGCACUGUCGGCCAUCCUGGUCUUGUGAGACUUCACUGGGCGUUCAGCGAUACCACCAGUCUCUAUUUCGUACUGGAUAAAGUUAGCAAUGGCGAGUUGAAUACUAGGAUCAACAUGUUGGGCUCGCUUUCUACCGAAUGUGCUCGCUAUUACACUGCACAGAUGAUCGAUACCAUCUGUUGGAUGCACGGGCUUGGAGUGCUCCAUCGGGACAUGAAACCUGAGAACUGUCUUCUGGAUGACGACAUGCGGCUCAAGAUCACUGAUUUUGGCACUGCAAAGAUCCUCAAAGAAGACGAUUCUGCCGAGUCUCGCACGUCAUCCUUCGUCGGGUCACCAGGGUACAUUAGUCCUGAACUCUUAUUGUCAUACACGUGUGGAAAGAGCGCGGAUUAUUGGGCUAUUGGGUGCAUACUGUACCAAAUGAUCGCAGGAGUACAACCGUUCAAAGCUCUCACACCGUAUCUAUCAAUGGAGAAGACCAAGGUGGCGGAUUAUUCCUUCCCGUCUGGAUUUGACCCAGUCAGCAUGGACUUGGUUCAAAACUUACUCGUCAUUGAGCCUGCUAAACGACUCGGGGAUGUGGCUCGAGGGGGUGUCCCAGCACUCAAAGCACACGCAUUCUUCGAGAAGACUGAUUGGUCGAACCUUUGGACCUGUUCUGCUCCUCCUCUUGAAGCUGGGCUGGUCAGGAAUGAGCUCAGCACACAAACGUCCAAGAACAGUGGACGCGAACACGGGAUUGGGGCGGCGUGGGAGGCACUCGUGCAGGAUCUCAGCGAGGAUGAAAUGGAUGAUGCGGAGUAUCAACGAAGCCCGCUACAAUUACCAGCCGCUCGCCGCGUUCCAGCCCUUAACCGAAUCGAGCCACCUCGCCCCCACUUCCCUUCUCAUGAUGAGGAUGGUGGUUUAAUACCAUCCGCACCAUCAUCCGUCACCUCAAUGCCUAAGUUCCAACCUGCGAACGGGAGUAUCAAUGGCCAUGUUGAUCCGAGUUCCAUUCUAGCUCGGCUAUCGCUUGCUACGGCUGCUGGCACCAAGAACUCCUCCAGCGAUGACAUUCGUAUGCAAAUGCGGAAUCGACGCCACAUAGAUGAUCCUUCAAGGGGCAACCUCGACCAUCACACCCUCAACCCCUCCUCCGACCUACUCGCCGGAUCUCCUGCUCAUUUUAUCCGUAGCCCUCCUGACGGCGUGAUCGCUCGCGACACACACUUACCUGAGAUACGCCGAGGGAGCUCCCAGAUGCCACAAUUAUCAUCAUCUGCACCAAUAAAGGGUUCCCCCAUGGCGACUUUGGCACGGAGCGCAGGACGACCCAGCAGCUUGGUCGAGAACGGAGUGCUUUCGGCUCUAUCUUCAUCUCCCGCCUCAACCUCCUCUGGAGAGUCUCGGUCUGGUGCUCGGUGGUCAAAGUUCCUUUUCCCAACAGAGCGCGUUAUUUUCACUGCUCCGGUGCUCGUCCGGCGUCGCAGCAUUCUACCUAGUCGUACGAAGCACCGUAUUCUUGUCUUGACUGACUUCCCGCGAAUCAUGUGCCUAAAAUCCGGCGGCAGCGAUAGCAAGGAGAUCUCGGAGAAGGUCAAGAUAAAGACCGAAAUUUUCUUUACUCCCCCACCGCAAUUAUUUAACUCCAGGUCCUGGACAUCAGCCGCUGGGUCAGCUCCUCUGCCUGAUGUGAUGGAAUCAAACAAUGAUGGCGACGAUGAUGAUGAGAACGGGAUACCUAUACCCAAGACUAGGUCGUCAGCCCACACCCAUCAAACCCGUAGCGGGUCUUCUAAACCAGGUUCAGGGCCUUCGUCAUUUCGAUCGCGAACGAUGAGCGCUUCCUCGGCUGCUUCAACCCUAAGGCGAGGACGUAGUCGAUUUCGAAAGAAUUACAAUGUUCUCAAAUCUGUCGAGGUGAAAGGGGAGAAGUCCUUCGUCUUGCAAACUGAGGGAAAAUGUUACACUUAUACUGCUGAAGACUGCGUAGUUGCCCAUCGAUGGGUGCAAGAGAUAAAGAACAUACCGGUUCCAUUGCCUGAAACUUGAAGCGAAAACUGACAUUUUACGUCGUUAUGCACUUUAAUACUCUCAUUGUAUGGGGCGCACGUUUUGUGUUAUUUUCACUUUCUAGGGUCCAAGAUCCCUCUGGUGAAGGUUAGGUCGGAGACACGGGUUUGCUGUCCUUGGGAUUUCUACUUGUGGGACUACUUACUUUAUGUUAACCUCGUACAUUGCAUGUGGGACUGUAUGGACCCUGUAUGCCUAUGUUUAUCGAUCUCAAUUGAGUUUGAUCGUACAGCAAGAGACAAAAU